AUGGAUAGUGAACGUCGCUCGCGGGAAUAUACACCAACUUCAGGAACAUCAAGUGGAUCGAGUGAAGAUGGACGGGAUAGUCGAAAUAGUUCGGUGUUAACUUAUGAGGAAGGUGAAGUAGAAUCACAGCCAGGAAGUCCGAUUCGAUUUCCUAUGAACUUCUUUGGCGAAGGAUUCGUGGUGGAUCAACCAGUGGUACCAAGAGAAAUGUUUCUUCCGCCUCCGCCGAGAAUGAAUAGGAAUGAUGAUAGAGAAAGAAGUCCAAUGAGCCCAGAAAGAGAAUAUAGUCCGGCAAGAUCGGAUAGUACGGAUGGAACAAAUUGGGAACAAGAAUUGAUUAUUGAAGAUCAAAGAGACGAAAUUCACGAUUUGAAAAGAAAAUUAGGAGAGUCGAGAAGGGAAUGUGAUAGAAUUAUGUAUGAGUAUCGACAGGAAAACAGUGCAAGAAAAGAUUACGAGGACAAAUACAGAGACGCUACACAGGAAGUUCAUAAGAAAGAUAUGAAAAUUACGAAAUUGAAUUAUGACUUGAUAAUAACAAAGGAAGAUAAUAAUGUGCUCGUAGACGAAACCGUCAAUUUGACAGAUAUAGUCGAACAGUAUUUCGAAUCAAAGGAAAUUGAGAUUAGAGAGCGGAAAAGGGUUGAACGUAAAUUAACAAGGAAGAGACAAGAAAACAAACGAUUGCGUUCAAAAAUAAAGGAAAUUAAAAAUGGAGAAGAAUAUAUGAAAACGAUUGAAAAAGAACGGAGAAGGGCAGAUAACUACAGAAAAAUGAUGCUGAAUAUGUCUAGCCAGUUGAGAGAAGACGGAGCAGAUCAGAAAGGAGAAGUGCCAGCAUGGAAAACAUGUGAGAUUUGUCUUCGAGAAUAUUCAGAACAAAGGGAUUUGAUUCCACGUGUAUUGUCAUGUGGUCACACAGUUUGCCAUUCAUGUCUUGUCAAUUUGUAUACCGAUCCGGAAGGAAUCAAAUGUCCAUUUGAUAGAACUCUGACGGAAAUAGAAAAUAACGACGUGUCAACCCUUCCGAAAAAUUAUUCAAUUCUUCAGAUGUGA